UAUUGUGUUUCCCUGCCAAACCAGUUGGUCACCCCAAAUAAUGAGGACACAGCUGAUGAGAGCUCAAGAGAGGCGUGAACGACGUCGUUUGUCAUCAGCACCGUCACGCCGCCAGUCGAUGAUCAAGAAUCUGCAGAAAGUUUGCACCUUCACUUACAAUACUUCUGAUAACGUCCCCCUCCAUCAUCACUUCCCCGGCGCUCCUGCGAGUUGGUUUGAAGAGUAUAUGGAGGACAUGGGUAGAGUAGUGGGAGCUAUCAUUCCAGAAAAAUCAAGCGCUGUGCGAAUGAAUCAGGAAGAGUGGAGAAUAAAAAUGCCAGUGGUGGAAGCCUUAUUUCUAAAGGUACAGCCAAUGAUAGACGUAAGAGUGACAGCCAAAUCAAGUGGACAAGAUUACCCUCCUCAUGUUCCUCCUAACGUCUCCAAACUCUACCACGUUCACACUACAAAGUGGAAGCUCCAAGUCUGCAUUCGGGUUACGUGCCACCUUUCUUUAACCUCGAAGCUUCUGGAACCUUGUACCCUCUAACACGGGGAACCCGAGGCUGCGUUAUUAAGAAUCAAUUGAGCGCUAAUGUUACCAUUGUUUUCCCCCCACUUCUCUCUUGGGUUCCUCAACAUGUUCUGGACAGCAUCAUGCUUUCGGUUAGCCCGAUGAUUGAUGUUUCCUUCAAGCUAAUAUUCUAUGUUAUAAACUUAUAAUGAGGAUAGUAUGUGAUUAAGGGUUUGAUUAGUUUUAUAAUGAACAGAUUAUCAAGACAAUCGUGGAGGAUAUCAGGAAAGGAUGCACAGUCAGAUUGUUAGCAGAUUAUAGGUCAUUCCAGAGAAGCAAGUUCAAGAAUUUGAAGUAGUAUAUAUAGUUCUUCAAUAUUGCUUUUUUAUCUAAUUUUUUACUUCUAAAUGAUGGUC